GGACAGGUUAUCACAGCUGCAGGUGGUAGUCUGUGCGGUGUCGCGAGUGAUAACACAGCCUCCCAUCUCAACAUGAAGCCAAACAAACAGGCUUCAGAUGACUCCGGAGAGGAGAUCUCUCUCCCCGGGUCUCCGCGACCCCCCGCUAGCAGCAGCACCGUCGCCGAGGACGAGAUCAGUGGGGUGUUCCGGUUCCUGUGCGACUAUCGACUGACGACUCCGCCGUCGCCGCUCAGUAGAACCGCGCCGUCCGCGUGUGAAGGAAGUCCUAGUGUCAGUGGGGGAAGUAGUGUGUCUAGAGCCACGGGGGCGAGCAUGGUGACUAGCGGGGGGGUUGGAGCCCCCCCUCACAACCACACACCUAUGGGGUCCACCACCAAACUGAUCAGCGAUCCGAGGCCUCCCCAUAAGGAAUGGAGGUGUUUGCCUGGGUUUGGUUCAGUGAUGGUUGCUCUAUCCCUAGCCACCAGUCUAGCCAACAUCAUCAGACUACCAACCAUGGUGUUCCUGCAUGGAGGAGGAUCAUUUCUAGCCAUCUACAUAGCGCUUGCAGUAGUGUUUGGCAUUCCUCUAGUCUUUCUAGAGGUUCUUUUAGGCCAAUUCUCUCAAGAAGGGACAACAAAACUUUGGAGAGCAGUUCCAUUACUGAAAGGUGUAGGCUUUCUCAAAGUGUUGGCUUGUGUGCUCGCUGCCAUCUACUACCCAGUUUUCAUGGCCAUCGCUUUGUUCUACGUAGUCUGGGCUGCUAAGGGGCCUCUACCUCUACCAGAGUGUAAAUAUCUGCCGUAUCAGACACAAGGGGGAUUACUAAGACGCACAUACGGGGAGGCUUGUUUGGAGCAUACAUUACUCUCACAACCUGACCAAGAUCCGACAUGGUUUGGUGUUAACAUUGCUCUGCUAUUUAUCAUCUGGGUACUGGUAAUGUUGUGCCUCUGUCGAGAUGGACGAUCGUAUCGAGUCAGCGCCUUCUUGCUGUUGACUGCAGCGGUGGCAGCACUAGUCGCUCUGUUCACUGAACAGCUGGGCUUCAACAUCAAAGGAUUGGACAAACUUCUCAACAUUGAUAUAAAUACACUGUUGAACUUUGAAACUUGGUACUAUGCUGCAGUUCAGCUGUUUCUAUCAACACACCUUGGCUUUGGAAAUAUAACGACCGCCUCUGGAAGAAUAUAUGCCAAAAGUAAUGCAUUUUGGAUAACCCUGGUGUACAUGGCAUGUAACCUGGCCGUGGGAGUGGGGUUCACCUGCCUCGUGUUCAUGUGGAUGUCCAGGUUAGAAGAUCAAGGCAUCACUGUUGCGUCUCCCAGAGUUCCAGAGUUGUUUGUCCUCACGUUCAUGUACGACGUCAUCUCAAGAAGCUUCACGUACGACGUACAGUUGUGGGCGAUCAUUGCGUUCUUGGCAGUGCUUUUCGCUGGUCUCUCUAGCAUGAUGGCGCUGGUGUUCACCGUCACCACGACAGUCAUCGUAGAGUCUAAAGAGAGGUGGAAGCAGUGGGUCAUCACAGCUGGCUUCUGUGCCAUCUGCUUCUUGGCUGGGAUCAUCUGUUUGUUGCCGGACAAGUUGGAAUUGGUUCACAUGCUGGAACACUAUGUCGUCACUCGCAUUGUACUCAUCACAACGGCUCUCGAACUGCUGGGCUUCGUCUGGAUUUACGGGAGUCAUCAUUUGUACACUGACUUUGAAUUUGUGUUGGGGUACAAACUGAAUUUCAUAUGGAACAUCCUUUGGUUUAUUACACCAUUAUUGAUCAUACUGUUGCAGGUGUGGUCGUUGUUUGCCCUGCCUCUCACAGGAUUCCCUGGAAAAAUAGACCCAGAAUGGUUGUAUGUCACUGGAUGGUCAAUAUUUGGCGCUUCCUGGAUGUUCUUUCUAAUAGUGGCAAUAUGGCAGAUUGCAGUCCAAGUGGACUACAACAUUUGUCAGAAAUUUGUAUCAUCCCUAAAACCGUCCCGAAACUGGGGUCCAGUAGAUCCUAUCCAAAGACACGGCUGGGUCGUGUGGAGGGAGCAGUCUACGCUCAGCGGAGAGAGGGACUUUACGCUCAAACGGCGAGGUACUCGAGACUACACACAUUCCGUGAGGCACGCUCCGAGUGACACGCUCGGCACCCGAUACUAUCCGACUUACUCGAAGCACCCUGAGAAAUCUAUUCAUGAACCUAUGAACGGGACCUUCAGCAUCAACUCAGUGCCAAACUACAACGCGACGCAGACAACUGAUGUGAACAUGCGUGGAGUGGGGGCGCCUUACACUGUCCAACUGCCCGAAGAUCACGAGAUCGAUCACGUUUGUUGGAGGAAGGACGCAAGCUCGAGGAGUCGGUCGUCAUGACACCAACAUUACACUGAACCCCUGGAGCUGAGAACUCGGCUCUGAAAGUCAAUGUUACCUGAAUCCCAAAAGUUCAUAGUCAGUAGGUACAGCUAGUUUAAGAUUAGUACGUAUGUAUUUUUAUUUCAAGCCAUGAGAAUGAAAUGUUUGAGUCAUUUAUGAUAUAGGUGAGAAAAUUACAUUAUUAUAAACAUGUAAAAUCUUAUAGUCACACUUCGGCCCUGCCCAAAUCCCAAGUGGAUUUAUAGCUAUUUACAUUACAAGUGUAGUAAGAGCGUUUUUACAUCACGUUAAUGUUGUGCAACGAGCGGAAGCGAGUUGCAUAAUUUACCUAAGUGAUGUAAACACGCUCUUGCGUAACGUGUAACGGACAAGAUUUUACCUGACCCGACAAUAUUCAGGAGGUUACGAGCAAUAUGCUUCAUUAUCAAUUUCACUCAUCUUCUAACAGUAACGUUCAUUUACAAACAAAAGCUAGGUUAGGAAAAUUCUUCAAAGCAUAACAAUAAAAUCCAAACACACAGCUGAUUUCUAGCGUUGAACGUCGUUGGCUCCAUAGAGGUAUAUUUUUUAAGUUAUCCACUCAAUGUUAUUUAAAUGGGUUUCAUUACAUCACCGAGUGAGUUUUUUUCAACUUUACAUCACUCGAGAAGUAAGGAAGUUGUAUACAUCACGCUUGGGAUAGGGAAGUUUAACAUGGCGGGUUAGGUAAAAUCUAUUUUUCUGAUCAGUAAACCCAAAAUGUAGAAAACGAGAUAGGUGAAAUAAAAAUUGAGUCAAAUAGUAUUGUUGAAGUAAGUUCCAUGUAGCUUAGUUUACUUUAAAAUAUAAAAAAUUGUUUGCUAUUAUAUUGAUAUAAAGUAGAAUUACUUCCUUUAGGAUCAUGACUAUUGACUAUGUAAAAAUGUACCUAUUUAAUUGUGUACUUACCAUAUGUAGUAAGCUAACUGUCUGAAUAAAGUCUAAUUAGUAGACACGAUUAGCUUACAAAGUUUGGACAUCAAGCUGAUCACCCACCUUGUGUAUAGAACAAAGUACAUUUCUGUAAGGUAAAGUCUUAUACCUAAUUUUCCCAGAUCCUAAAUAUUUGUUUACAUUUUAUUUUUGCAUAGUGUAAUACAUUUCAGAAUAGGCCACCUUAAAAAAGUGCAAUGAAAAGACGACAUAUUUGUUUGUUAAAAAUAUGAUUUUCAAAGCCUAGAAAAAUACAGAAAAUUAAGUUGAAUGGGCAAUUAUUAAGUAAAAAAAAUGCAGUUGGGAUAUUUAAGUGUGUUAUUAAAUGUAUUUUUUUAUGUUGGUUAAGCUAAAAUAUCUGAGGAAAACUAUUAGUGCGUUAUACUAAAUAUGUAUUUUGGGUUUAAAAAAGAACAAAAACAAUGUAGUCUUAAUUAUUACAUAAAAAUAAUAGUAUACUUGAAUCUGAUCCUAAGACCAGGACGUCAUAGAAAUUAUUUUGAUGACACCCUGAAUCGUACAACUCGACAUUUUAUUUCAAAGUUUAUAGUUAGACCCAAAAAAGGCUAUGAAAGUAAUCAAUUCCAAUCAGGUUGGUGAACUUUUAAGAUUUAAAUUGACUCCUUUCUUGGUCUGAUUAGCUCUGAUAGUAUUUGAUAAAGAAAAAGUGAUUUGGCCAAUGUGCCAAAGUAUAGCAAAAACAGUAAUAUUAACUUGUUAUCUACAGUUAUGUACAGUACGUUUGUAUGAUUGUAAAUAUUUCAUAUUUGUACAGACACAAUAUAUUGUGAUGUACAAUUAGGCUUUAGAAGUCAUAAACUAAUUUUUAAGAUAAGAAACCAAUGUUUAUAAGAAUUUUAAAAUGUUGUAUAUGUUAAAAUGUUGUUAUAUUGCUCAGUAAAUAGACUUUUCU